CUAGCCGUUCGGGAGCGCGCCCCAGUGCCCCGCCCUGCCCCUUGAGCUCCGGGAAGGCUUCGGAGCCUCCGCCUGGCCUGGCAGGGUCAACCAGGAUUUAUAAAAGACACAGUUUUGGACGGUUCUGAAGAUUGAAAUUCUUUGCAUUUCUACAACAGGAGCUGGAAAUAUAAUGGUGAACAAAACAAUUAUUUCCUGCUUUCACAGAACUUAAAAGUUCAGCGAGGAAGAUAAAGCCAAACAAGGAAGUAACAAAGACCUGUUUGAAAUGUGGUGGUUUCAGCAAGGCCUCAGUUUCCUCCCUUCGGCCCUUGUAAUUUGGACAUCUGCUGCUUUCAUAUUUUCAUACAUUACUGCAGUAACACUCCACCAUGUUGACCCUGCUUUGCCUUAUAUCAGUGACACUGGUACAGUAGCUCCAGAAAAAUGCUUGUUUGGGGCAAUGCUAAAUGUUGCUGCAGUUUUAUGCAUUGCUACCAUUUAUGUUCGUUAUAAGCAAGUUCAUGCUCUGAAUCCUGACGAGAACCUUAUCAUCAAAUUAAACAAGGCUGGCCUUGUGCUUGGAAUACUGAGUUGUUUAGGACUUUCUCUUGUGGCAAAUUUCCAGAAAACAACUCUUUUUGCUGCACAUGUCAGUGGAGCUGUGCUCACUUUUGGUAUGGGCUCAUUAUAUAUGUUUGUUCAGACCAUCCUUUCCUACCAAAUGCAGCCCAAAAUUCAUGGCAUUCAAGUCUUCUGGAUCAGACUACUAUUGGUUAUCUGGUGUGCAGUAAGUGCAUUUAGCAUGCUAACUUGCUCAUCAAUUUUGUACAGUGGUGAUUUUGGCAUUGAUUUAGUUCAGAAACUCCAUUGGAACCCUGAAGACAAAGGUUAUGUGCUUCACAUGAUCACUACAGCAGCAGAAUGGUCUAUGUCAUUUUCCUUCUUUGGUUUUUUCCUGACUUAUAUUCGUGAUUUUCAGGAAGAAACAUAGUGCAACAGGAUUCAGUGCUGUCUAUAGUUUCAAAUAUCCACUGGAAGUCAGAGAAGAAGUGGCUACUGGAACUACAAGGUGAUUGAUUGCCUUUAUUUGUACUCUUAUUCUUGGUUAUUUUAAUUCCUUUAAACUUUAUAUUUUGAAAUAAUUAUAUUCUACAUGAAGUAGCAAAAUAUUUCAGAAUUCAAGGUAUCUUUUGCACUGUUUGUUCCAGUGGUAAUGUCAUAUGUAACUGUAGCAAAAAAUCAGAAAAUUACCAGUGGUGUAAUACUGUUCUCUACAUUAUACUUCUUAAUAGUUUAUUAUCACUUUCACAUGCAUUUAUCUGUGCAUGUUAAUUCUAUUAUCCCAUGUAUAAAUUGUAUAAAAACCACAAUUGUAUUACAGAACUCUUUCAUAAUCACAAAGAACUCCCUCAUGCUAGCCUUUUAUAUUCACACCCUGAUCUCUAUUCCUUUGAAAACACUAAUUUUUUCUUCCCCAUAUUUUAUCAUUUCUAGAAUGAAAUAUAAAUGUAAUUAUAUAAUAUAUAAUCUGAGAUUUAUUUUUAUACAAAGUGCCUUUUGAACUAUUCAUAUUUUUCAUAUAUCAACAGUUAUUAUAUUCUAUCAUAUUACUAUAUUGACUUUAUAUUCACUCAUCCAUUGAAGGAUAUCUGAGUUGUUUUCCAUUUAAUGUUAUUACAAAUAAAAUUGCUAUUUCAAAUAAAAUAUUGAC